GCAUCAGUUCCGAAAAAAAAAAUGACGUAUAGGCAUAGUAUCUAUUAAUAGCAUGAUCUACAGCUUUUUCUUGUUGAUUUCUAUUUAGUAGAAAAGAAACAGAAAAAAAAUUUUUUUUUUUCAUUUAUUCUUGCGCAUGGACCAAGUGAAUUGUCAUAAUUUCCGCCUAUCAGUCUUUUGUUUGUCUGUCAUUCAAAGUCGCUUUUUUUUUCCAUAAAUGAAAUAUAAAAGCUAUUUUUGGAACGGAGAAUUAAAUGAUAGUUAUUUUUUAUAUAAAAGAGGAUCAAAAUACAUACAUUCAUUUACUUCUAUUUUUCUAUAAGAUGAAGUUAAUGAAGUUUUCAACUUAUACAAUUGCUUCUGCUUUACUUGCGACAGCAAGUGCAACUAUUAUUCAAUUCAAUGUAGUAUCACCUAAUUCAACUAAUGUAAAAGUGAAUAUAAAUGGUAAAUCUACCUCUCUUGACGCUGUUAUUCCCCAUGUGCCAUUUUUUAGUGGAUUUGUCGAAGUCGGUUCUGCUACAACCUACAAUUAUGUCGCUGAUAAUGUUACUGAAAAGUUUUCGCGAAAUUUACCUAGUGGAAAUUCAACUUACAAUGAUUUCUUUGGUCGUUCUAUAACGUAUGCCAAUAUAACUGCUCUUCCUCGACCUUUGGAUAAUGGCAAGGAGUGGACACGUGCUGAUAAAGAUCAUCCUAUUUUUGAUAUAAACUAUAUACCCUCACUAUUCGUUUAUGGUAAACAGGAAGAAAUGGAUCAUUUAAUUAAGAAAGUGCCUAAACAUCAGGUUACUACUGAAGUUACAUUUAUCGGUAAAGAUUUUAUCAGAACCUUUACUAAUGUCACCUUUGGUGUUGCUGGUGCUGGUAAGAAGAAUAAUCCUUCUAAACAACAAUGGAAAUUGGAGCUCUCUCCUGGUAUUAGAUUCAAUAAUCGUAGACAUUUUAAGCUUCGUAAUAUGGAGGAAGAUCCUACUCAAAUGCGUGAAAAACUUUAUGCAGACUGUCUUCGAGCUAUGGGUACAUAUGCUAAUCAAGCUAUCAUGGUCCGUUUCUUUAUUAAUGGUCAAGGAAUGGGUACAUUUAACAUGCUUGACGAUAUUAAAAAGUAUUCCUAUAUUGAAGCCGUGUUUUAUGGUGGCAAUCCUCCUGCACAAAUGGGUCCUCUCUAUGAUGGAUCAACUGGUGCUAGCUUUGCAUUCAAUCCUGAUCCAUAUGAUUAUGGUGAUUAUCAACCUAAUAAGUAUUCUCCCGAGCCAAGUACUGCUGUAUAUAACUUGACCAAGGCCUUUAAUGAAACUGAUAUUACCAAUGACAAUUCUAUCAAUAAAUUUGGAGAAAUGUUUGAUAUCGAUCAAUUCCUUAGAUUCAUGGUUAUGGAAUAUCUUGGUGGUAGCUGGGACAAUUAUUGGGUUGGUCAAACAAAUGAUGGUGCUUAUAAAGAUUAUGCUUAUAAUAAUACUUGGUACUAUCUUGGUCAAGAUUAUGAUGGUACAUUUGGUGUAAACAUGCCUGAUGAUCUUCUUAAUUAUACCUACAAGAUUUACCCUUCCAAAUAUCCAGGUGCUGUACUUAUCAAUGGAUUCCUUCAAAACAAAAAUCUCGCAUCAACUUUUGAAUCUUAUGUGACUGAUACCGUGAAAAUACUCUUUAAUAAUGAUACCCUUGGAAGGCAUAUUAAGACCUAUCGUGACCUUAUUGCAGAGGACCUUAAAUGGGACCGCUCUAUUGUCCAAAGAUCACCUGGUAAGCUCUAUGGUUGGACUUAUGAACAAACUUAUGAUAACCUCUAUGAAGAAGUAAUUGCUCCCGGUAAUGGUGGUGGCGGUGCUCAAUAUGGUCUUGUUGAAUGGAUUACAAAAAAGUCUGAAGUUGUAGCUAAAGAUCUUGGAUUUUCUUUGUAAAAUAUAUGUAUAUAUGCAUAUAUAUUUAUAAUUAAUAUUCCCUAUCUUUUCUUUUAUUUUACCCCAUUACAUUCCUUGUAUAAUAUUUAAUAUGUAAUUAUUCCUAAAAUAAAUAACUAUUUAUAUUCAAUUUGUA